GUGAGCGUGUUGUUUUGUGUUCUCUUCCGAAUCUGAGAAACCUGAUCGACACAAUGUUCGGCUCCUCCAGAGGGGGCGUCCGGGGCGGACAGGACCAGUUCAACUGGGAAGAUGUCAAGAUGGAUAAGCAGCGUGAAAACUACCUCGGAAACUCUGUAAUGGCGCCGGUGGGAAGGUGGCAGAAGGGCAAGGACCUGACUUGGUAUGCCAAGCAGAAGAAUGCGGGGGAGGCGAUGAGCAGAGAGCAGGAGCUGGCUGCGGUGAAAGAGGCGGAGGAGGAAGCCAUGAUGGCCGCCCUAGGUUACAAGACGGUGAAGCGCCAGCCCAAGGGUCUCAGUAAGGAGGAGUUUGCUGAAGCCUGCAAGCGGGAAGGUCCGGAGAAGGAUGAGCGGAGCGUGGACCGUGUUGGCGGGCUGGGGAGCAGCGUUUCCUCUGCGCGCACAACGCUUUCCAAGGAGGACAAGGAGGCCACUAAAAUGGGUUUCUCCAUCUUCACUCACCAAAAAGGCGGAGAGCGCCCGGAAGCGCCGAGCGACAAGAGGAAAGCGGAAGGAGGAGAGGAGGACAAAGCGUCCAGCAGGAAAAAGGCCAAAAAAGAGAAAAAGAAGAAGAAGAAGAAACAGAAGAAGGAAAAACACCGAAGAGCCGAUUCUUCAUCAUCAUCAGAGGAGGAGGACAGGCGGAGAAGAGCGGGCAAUCCAUCAUCGUCCCGUCACCCUGGAGCCUGCGGGGCUGACGGCCAUUCAUCAGACGCCCGGGACUCGCCCAGGACCCCCGACGGGGGACGCAAGAGGAGGAGGAGGUCGGUGUCCCCGCGUGAGGCCAAACGGCGGCAUGACACGGACUCGGACGACUGAUCGGGGCCAGGGCACAGCGGGUGGGGGAGGGGAGAAGAAUGGAGCAUGGGGUGGGGCCCUCGGCUCCGGGACUCUCAGGGACACGUCUGUAGAACUGUCAAUUGACUUUGUGUUACGGAUAUUACCCAGCAAUAAAUUCCCGUCUUCCACGCC